AUGGGAUAUACAAAACAGGAAAAACAGGCAUUGAUUAACCACUUGAAGCUAGAACGCUCCAGAGUAGCGAAACAAAACGAAGAGGCUCUACAGAAAGCGACUCAACAGACAUAUCUAAAGGUUGUUAGAAGAUUGAAUCAAGUUAGUGUGUCAUUACGACAGGUUACUUUGAAAGAUGUGCUUCAAGUUGAAAGGCGGAAAAGAUUAGAAGCUAGAAGUUUGAUAAAAGACAUUCAGGAAUUGAAAAAGAAUUUGGUCAAACAGAAAGUAAUGUAG